CAUUAGUUAAAAUGAAAAUCACGUGAAAUUCUCUUUUACCGUGUAUAUUUAUUGAGUAAUAUAUUUACCAAAAAUGAACUAAGUCCAGUAAUUUCCAAGAAACUGAAGAUGAAAAACAACUCAGUAAUUUCAUCGAAAUUCAGCCCUCCAUUAAUUUCCGCGCACAGAAUUACCAGAUUAACUGGACAACCAGAUCACACGCUCUUCUUCUCCACUCCCAACUCGAAUUUUGAUUCCGGAAACCAAAACGAUAUCCGAGAGAUAACCGCUUCACAUCCUAGAGGAAACAACUCUGAAACUUCCUUCAAAGCAGCUUAUAAAAUACGCUCACAGUCGCUAUCACUUUUCCUUCAACACAAUUUCAACCUCCAUUCUACGAGCAGCUUUUUUUUCUUCUUGCCCAGAAAACCCUUGUUUUUUCUUGCUUUAUUCAUCUUCCUCAGGGCUUCAAAUUUUCCGCCAUGAUGAUUCCAUUGAGAGAUUUUGGCUCCAGAAAGAUUCGCAAGAGAUGGCAAUUGGCAUUCAGGGCUCUUUCCUUCGUGACCUCCUUAUCCAAGAAGGUGGCGAUGAACAGUGCCCUGCUGCUUGGCCCUGCUGUCAAUCGUACUCAAUCUUAUGUUUCAAUUGAUAUGCCUACCACCAUUACUGAUCCUGGAUUUUUGGCUGAUCUUGACAAAGAUUCGCUUGCUAACUUGGUUAAAGACAAGAGCUUUGAUGAUCUUCAGAAAUUUGGAGGGACCAAGAACCUCGUUUCAAUGCUGGAAACUGAUGAAAGGAAUGGGCUUUCCUGCGAUCUGGGUGGUAUGAAGAAAAGGGUUGAGGUUUUUGGUUCCAAUACUUACAAGAAACCACCGGUGAGAAGCUUCUUGAGUUUUGUUGUGGAAGCUCUGAAAGAUUCGACUAUUAUUAUACUCUUUGUUUGUGCUGUUUUGUCUCUUGGGUUUGGAAUCAAACAGCAUGGGAUCAAGGAUGGGUGGUAUGAUGGAGGGAGCAUAAUUCUUGCCAUUGUGCUGGUUCUUGCUGUGUCUGCUAUCAGUAAUUUCAAGCAGAGCAGGCAAUUCACGGAGCUGUCCAGCCAGAGUAGCAACAUUGAAGUGGAGGUUAUGAGAGAUGGAAGGAGGCAAUCUGUGUCUAUCUAUGAUGUUGUUGUGGGUGAUGUUGUCUGUUUGAACACUGGGAAUCAUAUUCCAGCUGAUGGGUUGUUCUUGGAUGGGCAUUCGAUGAAGGUUGAUGAAUCGAGUAUGACCGGAGAGAGUGACCAGGUUGAGAUUUCUGAGAUUGACAACCCUUUUCUCAUCUCUGGUACAAAGGUGAUGGAUGGCUAUGGACACAUGCUUGUUACUUCAGUGGGGAUGAAUACUGCAUGGGGACAGAUGAUGAGCACCAUAACUCAUGAUGUCAAUGAAGAGACUCCUUUACAGGCUCGGUUGAACAAGCUGACAUCUUUCAUUGGGAAGGUGGGAUUAUUGGUGGCUUUUCUUGUUCUUGUGGUUUUGAUGAUAAGGUACUUCACAGGGAACACUUCUGAUGAUAGUGGGAGGAAGGAGUUCAUCAAAGGUCAGACCAACGCUAAUCAUGUCAUGAAUUCAAUGGUCGGAAUCAUUGCUGCAGCUGUUACUAUUAUAGUAGUUGCAAUCCCUGAGGGUCUGCCUUUGGCUGUCACACUAACCUUGGCUUACUCCAUGAAAAAAAUGAUGGCUGAUAAUGCCCUCGUUCGGAAGUUAUCAGCAUGUGAAAUAAUGGGAUCAGCUACAGUCAUCUGCACUGAUAAAACUGGUACCCUCACCAUGAAUAAGAUGCUGGUUACCGAAUUUUGGUUUGGCAAAGAGUCAAUGCAGCUCGGACGUUCAACAGAGAUCAUCAGACCUGGUGUUCUUGAAUUGCUACAACAAGGUGUUGGUAUGAAUACAACAGGGGAAGUCCAUGCAUCACCAACAUCAGCUUUUCCUGAAAUUUCUGGUAGCCCAACUGAGUCUGCCAUUCUCUCUUGGGCCAUCUCUGACAUGCAAGUCAACUUCCAACAACUUAAGGACCAGAACACGAUCCUCCAAGUUGAGCCUUUCAAUUCUCAGAAGAAAAGAAGUGCCAUCCUGGUGAGGAACAAUGAUACAGGAGUUCUUCAACUGCAUUCGAAGGGCGCAGCAGAGAUAGUCUUGGCAAUGUGUUCAACUUAUCAUGCCAGGAAUGGCAUGCUGCAAGCUAUCAAUGGGGACGAGAGAAAGCAACUUGAAGCAAUAAUCACAGAUAUGGCGGCUAGAAGUCUGAGAUGCAUUGCUUUUGCAUGCAAAAUGCUGAACGAAGGCAGUGAAUUGAGAACUGAGCUUCUUCAAGAACCUGGUCUGACACUGUUAGGGUUUGUGGGUCUGAAGGAUCCAUGUCGCCCAGAAGUCAAAGCUGCAGUAGAAUCUUGCAGAAAAGCUGGAGUUGGCAUCAAAAUGAUCACUGGAGACAACAUUUUCACAGCACGUUCAAUAGCACUCGAUUGUGGGAUUCUCAAACCCGAUGAAGAUCUGAAUGAUGCAGUGGUUGAAGGUGUAACUUUCAGAAACUACUCACCAGAAGAAAGAAUGGAAAGAAUCGAUAGAAUUGAGGUGAUGGCGAGGUCAACCCCAUUUGACAAGCUUCUGAUGGUACAAUGUCUGAAGCAGAAAGGCCACGUAGUAGCUGUUACAGGUGAUGGAACUAACGAUGCCCCUGCACUAAAAGAAGCAGAUAUCGGUCUGUCAAUGGGUAUACAAGGCACAGAGGUGGCAAAGGAGAGCUCAGAUAUAGUUAUCCUCGAUGAUAAUUUCAAUUCUGUAGUGACAGUUUUGAAGUGGGGCAGAUGUGUUUAUAACAACAUUCAAAAGUUCAUCCAGUUUCAACUCACAGUCAAUGUUGCAGCUCUGGUCAUCAACUUGGUUGCUGCAAUAUCAUCAGGAUCAGUACCACUCACUGCUGUUCAGCUUCUCUGGGUGAACCUCAUUAUGGACACUCUAGGGGCAUUGGCCUUGGCAACUGAACAACCGACCGAUGAUCUCAUGACCAAGAAACCUGUUGGGCGAACUGAGCCCCUUAUAACAAAAAUUAUGUGGCGAAAUCUCAUUGCUCAGGCUGUGUAUCAGGUAACGGUCUUGUUGGUACUGCAGUUUAGAGGCAGCUCAAUCUUUGGUGUGAACAAGAAUGUCAAGGACACGCUGAUUUUCAAUAGUUUUGUCUUCUGCCAACUUUUCAAUGAGUUCAACGCAAGGAAGCUGGAGAAGAAGAACAUAUUUGAAGGCAUACUGAAGAGCAGACUAUUUCUUGGUAUAGUGGGGAUUACUGUGUUCCUUCAAAUCAUCAUGGUGGAGCUGUUGCAGAGGUUUGCAAGCACUGAAAGACUGAACUGGGGACAGUGGGCAGCCUGCAUUGGAAUAGCUGUAGUAUCAUGGCCAAUCGGCUGGCUGGUUAAAUGCAUCCCUGUUACAAGAAAACAAGAGUAAGAAGUGUUCUUAGGUACUAGACUUAGAGAAAGACGGAUCUUUGUAAUUUGUAAAUGCCAAAGCUGCUAUAAAUAUGGACCUAGGAAGCUUAGUUUUAUAUCAAACAAGUGUGCAGCAGCUUUAGAAUUUUAGUUCUUCGGAUCGUAAUAGUUUACAGUUUCAUAAUUCAGAAAUAGACAGUCACCCCUAUGAGCUUAAUUUGCAUCUUUUGAGCUAUAUCUUUCUUAAUAACC